AUGUCGCCUCAAACUGCCGACCCAUCCUGGCCACCUGGGACCGUUCAGAUCGAAGGGUUUCCACAAAAUGACCAAGAAACCGAAAUCAUUCUGCAACCGGCACCUAGCCAUGAUCCUAACGACCCCUUGAACUGGCCACUAUGGCGUAAACACCUGAACUUUGGAUUAGUCUGCUACUAUGUUAUAAUGGUUUUCGCAAUACUCGACGUAGCCACAGUAACCUGGGGCCCGCUGAAUGUGGAGCUGGGCUUCAGCUUUGAGCUUCUAAAUGAUAGCUACGCAGCGGGAUGCGGAUCUCUGUGUGUUGGUGGCGUAAUCCUGAUUCCCUUCGCCUUGAAGUACGGUCGACGACCUGUCUACGUCCUCAGCACUAUCGCUCAGAUCGGGUUCAGCGUUUGGUUUGCCAAAACGCAGACGGUCGCUGAUCUCAUGUUGACGAGUAUUUUGAGCAACGCGGUUGGGGCUCUCGCAGAGGUGCUCGUACAGAUGACUAUAGCUGAUGUGUACUUCGUGCACCAGCGGGGAUUAAUGAACAGUAUUUACGUCUGGUUCAUGACGUUAGGGACCACACUAUCCCCAUUGGCCGGUGGGUAUAUUGUCACCUUCCAAGGUUGGCGUUGGGUUUGGUGGUGGAUGGUUAUUCUGACGGGUGUCGGAUUCAUUGCCUUUGUCUUUCUCUAUGAAGAAACGAAGUUUUCUACCCCAACCCUCCAGGGUGUACCCCAUAUUGUGUCCCGUGCUGAGACCAAGCAACCCUCCAAGCAUGAAGGAAAAUGUUCGCAAACUGAACCACAAACGGAGGUCGGUAUAACACUGAAAGACACAGAGGCUCAAAAGUCUUAUAUAACCAACUGGAUCGAUAGCUCAAUCCCCAAGAAGACCUUCUGGCAAAAGUUGACACUCUGGUCAAUAUCUCCAGGAUCUUUCUCUAGCAUGGCCCGACACAGCUUUGAACCUUUUAUUCUCCUGUUUACUACUCCAGCUAUCUUCUUCAUGUCUCUUCUUUACGGAGCCAUGACGGCCGCCGUGACUGUCCCUGUCACUACCCUCUCGUCGUAUAUGACGAUGGCCCCGUAUAAUUUUAACGCCUCGCAGAUCGGUCUCAUGGGGCUACCACCCUGUAUCGGCACCAGCCUAGCGGUUCUAAUAUCUGGCCGACUUAGCGACUCAUUCGUUCUAUACAUGGCGAAAAGGAACCGGGGCAUCUACGAACCUGAAAUGCGACUCUGGGUUGCAGUGGCCUUCAUCCCAUUUGUCCCAGCCGGUCUUUUCAUGUUCGGAAUUGGACUGAACAACGGAUCCCCCUGGCCGUUAGUUGCGGUUGGACUAGGCGUCGCCACGUUCGGAACCAUUCCCGCGAAUAGCGUCGCCUUAACGUAUCUCACAGAUGCAUAUACGGAUGUAAUUGCAGGCUCCCUCGUUGGAGUGACGUUCAUUCGCAACCUCAUCUCGACGAUUUUCGUCUUCGCGCUUUCCCCCUGGAUUGCGAACGUAGGGUUAACUUAUGUUUACGUGACUUUCGGUCUUAUUCUUACAGUAAUCCUACUGGGUAACUUGAUCUUCAUCUACUUCGGAAAGAGGUUCCGGGUGAUGACGGCGGAGAGAUAUCGGUAUUAUGCUCAGCGUCAGAUGGAUCUAAGGAGGUAG